AUGGCGCCUAGAUCUGGCGCCGUGGCGCCCAAGUCUCUGCCCAUGGCGCCCAGGUCUAGUGCCGUGGCACCGAAUGUUCUGCUUCUUUUUUUCUUCCUUGGGCGCCAUGGCGCUCAGAUUUCUGCUGGAAUUGCCUCUCUUUGGGGUCCUCAAGGGUUAGGGUAUGACUUUUGGGCCGAAAAGAUACUUAAAAACCCGGAUUUUAAUGUUUUGGUAAUGGGCACCAUGGCGCCUAGAUCUGGCGCCGUGGCGCCCAAGUCUCUGCCCAUGGCGCCCAGAACUUGCAUUCUUCUAUUUCAGGUAUGGCAGUUCAGGCGUCUUAUACUUGAGACACUUCAUGUUGAUUUGCAUGACGAAUUGGAUUUUGUGGGGGAACUUGCCAGACUAAACUCUAAAAACUAUCAAAUAUGGCAUCAUAGACGGUGGGUUGCUGAGAAGCUUGGAACUAAUGCUACAAGCAAGGAACUUGAAUUCACUGAGAAAAUUUUCUCCGAGGAUGCAAAGAACUAUCAUGCCUGGUCCCAUAGACAGUGGGUUCUUCAGGCACUUGGAGGAUGGGAAGAUGAACUUGCAUACUGUUAUAAACUCCUUCAAGAUGACAUUUUUAAUAACUCUGCUUGGAAUCAGAGAAAUCAAAUUGGAAGCUUGGCUGCGUUUCUCUUCAUUAUUAGAUACUUUGUUGUAACAAGAUCUCCUGUCCUGGGAGGGUUGGAGGCCAUGAGGGAUUCGGAAGUAGCUUAUGCUGUAAACGCCAUUUUAGCCAAACCCGAGAAUGAAAGUCCUUGGAGAUACCUUAGAGGCCUUUUCAAAGAUGACAUGCAAUCUCUGGUUAACGAUCCCCGGAUUGCAUCUGUUUGUUUGGAUGUUUUGUUGAAUAAAAGAGAUUGUGUUCAUGCUCUCAACAUGGUCUUGGAUCUUCUCUGCCAUGGUUAUGAACCAAGCAAAACGUUGGAAAAUGCGAUUGAUACUCUAUGUCUGGACUCUGGUGUCUCCGACUCAGGGUUAACCGACAGAGUUUGUUCAGUUUUGCAAGUUGUCGAUCCGAUGAGGGCAAAUUAUUGGAAAUGGCGCAAGAGCAUGGUUCCUGUUCGAGCAGUUCAAGGAUCAAAUGGUAAAGAAUCGGCUGGUUAAAAAAGUCUAUGGAGAAAAGGGAAAGUGUGUGACUUUUACUUGAAUAUUUCUGUAUUUGUAAAUCAAAAACAAAUUAUACUCUUGGCUAUUUUCUCCUUGGGAUUACUUUAGACAGUGAGAAAGUUGCAGUGUAUGUACCAUACUUUUGCAGUGUGUAUAGACAGGUUAUUAACCUCUAAAUCUUGACAAUAAUAUCCUCAAUCUUUCAUAAUU